AUGUCAAUGACAAAGCGUACAAAAUUGCAAUCCCCUGAAUUUGAUCUUCAUCGUGGCAGUAAUUUGAAAUACCUCGAUGUCAUUAAAGAGUGCACCAGUCUCUUGCAGUCACAAACGAUAGCUUAUAAUUUAAAAAUUGUACAGUGUCUUAAAGAAAACAGCUUGCAAGAUAAAUGCGACGUAGAAUUUAUAAAUAUGGAAACAUAUAUUACUGUGAAAUCUAGUUUUCGCUAUUCUAUAUCCUUUGGAUUUCUUAUUCAACUUAAAAAUACUGGCACAUUAAAAUAUGUACCAAAAUUCUGCUCUUGGAUUUUGGUGUCUUCAACUACGAAGCAAUUUUAUUGA